CGGAGACCCUGACAUAGUUCCCGUCGUCAGUCGUCUGGUACGGACCCUGAGUUGUACUAAACACGACGCGACCUGACUGAGGUUGGGACCAACGGAACAGUGUUCUAUUCUAUCAGUGUUUUCUAGCUUCGCCAGAAGGUUCCCGACACAACAAGCUUAAGCAUGCAGUGGAAAAUGUUGCUGCCCACUUUGGUGAUGUUCGUCGCCCUCCGCGGUGCGACCGGCCAAUUUGCUGGAGUCCAGCCGCCGCCGCCGCCGCCUCCACCCCCUCCUCCUCCCCACACCUACAACCCGUACCCGGAUCCGCCGACGGACGCGCCCGAACCAGACAUGACCACUACCUGGUACGACGACACCUGGUUCAACGAUACCGACUACGAUUACAACGAUACCGACUCCGACUACAACCCGCAACCGUCCUAUAACCCAGAUGUAGCUGCAGUUUGCGGCGUCGACAUCGUGUUCCUUGUCGACGAAUCCUCGAGCAUCUCCAGCUUUUGGUUCGACCGUAUGAAGCAAUUCAUCGAAGACUUUCUCCACUGCUUCACACCCCUUCAUGACAUCGAUAUUGCAGUUAUUCCGUACCACUGCGUACCGAGGACGUACGUUCCUUUGCACCUACCUAUUGAUGCUAUCUUCAACACUGACCUCGGCAGGAUGAUGCAGAAGGGAGGCCUGAGCCGAACUGGCCGGGCUAUUCGCUUCAUGAAGGAUACGACGUAUUUCCGUGGUGACGGUGUCGCUCGUGCGGCGGUUGUCAUGACAGACGGACUAACCGACGGACCAGUGCAGGUACAGGACGACUACGCCGAGCAGGCUGCCGAGGCACGGGACGCCGGAAUUCAGCUGUACGCUGUGAGUGUUGGGGACUUUGUGGACGACGCUGCGCUUCAGGCCAUCGCCGGGAGCACCGACCGCGUGUUCGACAGCGACAUCCCCUGCAAAGUCGCCUUCCGGAUACUGGCGGACCUCUGCAAGUUAGCAGGUGUGCCAGGAUGUUUCUCGUACUUUCAUGGUGCCAUCCUCCCACUGGGGUCAUCUAUAAUGGUGCGGGACGAUUCACUUGGGUUAGGAUGCGGGACCAGUUGCUCUUGUACAGACGAUGGAUAUUUCAGUUGCCAGGGCAAGGGCUGUGGACAGGUCUACUACCAGCCGCGCUGCCAAAACUUCGUGACCAUCCCGAGCCGAUACCUGUGCUGCCCUGUCUGCGCUGACCCCAUACAUGGCGGAGUUCCGGACGGCUGUGUGCACGAAGACGGCAGCCUCAUUCCUGUCGGAGAUACUUACGAGCUGGACGACUGUACGAGCUGCACCUGUCUCGCCCCGGGAGAGGAGCCGCAGUGCGCGAGCAUGGCCUGCAUAGCUCUGCACUGCGCCAACCCCGUGAAGAUCGUGGGGCAGUGCUGCCCGGUGUGUGUCGGCUGUCUGUACGGAGACGUCCUCAUCCCUGUGGAUGGCACCUACGAGCCGGAUCCCUGCACGUCGUGUACCUGUGACACCCUCGGGGGAGAGCCGCAGUGUGCGGUGAGGGACUGCCCGCCGAUGCUCUGCAACAACGCCGUGUACGUCCCCGGCUACUGCUGCCCUGUGUGCCCGGACCUCGGCUGUCCGCACGAGGAUGGCCUCAUCCUGACGGGCACAGCAUACCAGCCGGACCCCUGCACAAACUGUACCUGCCCAAUUGGCGGAAUGGCACCGAUGUGCGAGGAAACGAUCUGCCCAUUUAACAUGUUCACGGUGUGCCCCCACGCCCCAGGGUUUCCGCCGGCCCUGCCGGUGCCGGUCGCAGGGCAGUGCUGUGGUGACUGUGACGCUCCGCCUGGCUGUUGGUACGAAGAAGAUAACAUCCUGAUCCCCAUGGGGACGGAUUACAUGCCGAAUCCCUGCAAGUUCGUCACUUGCUUCUUCCCCAGGUUCGAUCCGGCGGUCCACAGGAUUCGCCUGUUGUCUUCCCCGUCAAUUCAUUUCCUUGGCCCCUUCACAUUCAAUGAUGCAGUUAACGUUAUUCCUGGUAAUGUGGUCUGUAAAAGCGCCACCUACAUCAGCUGCCAAUAGCGGCGAGAAGCAUAACUCCAGUUAGAAGCUCUGAAGAAGAUGUCUGACAAACUUUCGUAUGAUCUACUACAAAGAAGUAUAUAGUAUUUAGAAUUAGAAUACAGUAUUUUAUUUCUCGAAGUAUUUGAUAUUUCACAUCCUUUAGACCACAUG